UCUGGUCUGUGUUCCAAUAGUAUCCCCAAUCCUAUACUAUUGAGUGGGGGUGGCUUAUAGUGGGAGGAGGUCCUCUCCGCUUUGCCCUUUGCGGGAGAUGACUUUGAGCCUCCUCAAACCGCCGAAAGAAACCUGGUGUCGGGGGAGGCACCUUUGUGAGUUCGCUGCAUUGUGCACCAAUUCCCGGCGUUGUUGCGUCGCGGGGCAUGGACGCUGUCGUGUCGAGGGAGCUUGUGUUCGAUCCCCGCUUCGUGUAAAAGCCGAGCGGCAGCCUGCGACGCCUGUUCACGCCGCUCUGAGGGAACCAUAUCUGGUCAAAGUAUUCGGUGCUGCUGUCACCCAGCCGGACCGUCCGGCUAUAAAUAGCGCUGGUGGAGGUCAAUACAGUCUUGAGCUGCGGCAAAAGCUAUUAUUCUUCAGCCUUUACAACAGAUGUGAAGUUGUCCCAGCUGCUCAUCGGACAUAUUGUAUUUCUCAUUCGGAAGCCUUUACAAAGGUGUGUGGCAUCAUGUCGGUGUUGAGGAAGGAGAUGGAGAAGUACAGGGACAUCGACGAGGAUGAGCUGCUCAUGAAGCUCUCAGAGGAAGAGCUGCAGCGGUUAGAGGAUGAACUGGUGGAGCUGGACCCUGAUAAUGCACUGUUGCCUGCGGGGAUGCGUCAGAAGGACCAGACCAAGAAAGCGCCGACAGGAACGUUCCAGAGAGACGACCUGCUGGCCCACCUGGAGAAACAAGCCAAAGAACAUCCAGACAGAGAAGACCUGGUGCCCUUCACUGGGGAAAAGAGAGGGAAGGCCUGGGUACCUAAAAAGAUGGUGGACCCCAUUAUGGAGAAUGUGACCCUGGAGCCUGAGCUUGAAGAAGCGCUUGCCAGUGCGACUGAUGCUGAACUUUGUGAUAUAGCAGCCAUCCUGGGGAUGCACACCCUAAUGAGUAACCAGCAGUACUAUGAAGCACUGGCAAGCAGCACCAUAGUCAACAAGCAAGGCCUUAACAGUGUGAUCCAGUCCACCCAGUACAAACCAGUUCCCGAUGAGGAGCCAAACUCGACUGAUGUGGAGGACACUCUCAUAAGAAUGAAAAGGAAUGAUCCUGACCUUGUGGAGGUCAACCUCAACAACAUCAAGAAUAUUCCCAUCCCGACUUUAAAGGCGUAUGCUCAGGCUCUGAUAGAGAACACCGUGGUGGAGAGGUUCAGUAUCGUUGGAACCAGAAGCAAUGACCCUGUAGCGUUUGCCCUGGCGGAGAUGCUCAAGGUUAACACCACAUUGAAAAGCCUGAACGUUGAGUCAAACUUCAUAACAGGGACUGGAAUCUUAGCCCUCAUUGAGUCACUGCAGUACAACACGACACUAUUGGAGCUCAAGAUUGACAAUCAGAGCCAGCCAUUAGGCAAUAAGGUGGAGAUGGAGAUAGCCAGCAUGUUGGAGAAAAACACCACUUUGCUGAAGUUUGGCUACCAUUUCACCCAGCAGGGCCCACGCCUCCGAGGCUCCAACGCCAUGAUGAACAACAAUGACCUUGCUCGGGUUGUCAGGUCAGAAUCCGAUGGCUCCUUUACCCUCACUUUGUCUGUCCCCGAGCUGGAGCGGGCCUUUGGAAAAAAGUUCAAGUCAAAGACUAAUGAGAAAAAGAAGGCUUGAAGGAGGACCCAUCCUCCCAAAGUGUCGGACAAAUGUGUAGGACCCACUCUCCCCCUCCCCACAUCCCUCAGCCUCCUGUUUUUGCGUUCCGCACACCCUCUUUUAAAAGUCCACCUCGUCCCCUUGUGACCCCCAGUUGACCUCAAAGGGUCCAACAGCCUCUCCGGAUGACUUUGCACAUCAUCUCUGACAUGCAAGUGCAAUUCAGGGUUCAGAGACAACUCUUUAUGGACUUUUUUUCCAGUGUCCACUAAAACAUCCAGUGCAUGCAAAAAGGAGAGAUAAUUGAUCAUUGAAUGUUUAUAUGCUGGGAUUUUUGAAUUGUGCAAACAAACCAUACAGUGCUGCCAUCUAGAGUCUUUUAAUAGCAACUGUAGUGCCUUGACUUCUUGGACCGUCUCCGAAUGAUAGCUUUUGAAACAGCCUCUUUUGGCAAUCCCUAUUUAUACUGUUGUGUUGAAUUUAUUUUAAUUAUUAUUAUUAUUCAUGUGUUGUAAAUGACUUGUUUGGACAUUGCCACCCAUGCGUUAAUCUGCAUUACCACGGUAGUUAGUUCCCAGCAACAAUAGUCAAAUACUCAAAACAAAAGCAAUGGCAUAUAGCGUAUGAGUGAAAUAGUCCAUGUUCAUCUGGUCGUGAAUAACUAAUUUGAAUUUUAUUUUAUUUUAUUGAUAAACUUUAACAAGCUGAAAUGUUAGGGACUUUACUGUCAGACUACACUAUACAGUGGAACCUCCAAAGUAGAACAUCCCAACGGUGGUAUAAUUUGAAGUUCAGACAAAAUAUUUGAGGAAAUUUGCUAAAAUAAAGCCGACACAUCCCAGUUUGAGUUCAUGCCUCACAGUUGAGACAUGCUUGGUUUGAAUAUGAAUCUGGUUGUCUGUCUAUAAAUACUGUAGGAUCCUGUUAUUGACUGGCGACCGGUCUGGGGUGUACCCCACCCACCUCUCACCCAAAGUCACCUGUGAUAGGCUCCAGUUCAACCAUAAUCCUGGACAGGAUAAAAUGUCAAAGUCAGACAAAACAUAAAACUAGUGUGAUUUCACUCGAGAUUUCAGCGUAGUACGCAUCUAUAGGAAUUACUCCAGUCCAAAUGUGUUUUUUUUUUUUCUUCUUCUUUGGUUUUUUUUUUUUUUUUUUUUUGGUUACCAGUGAUGGCAAAGAGGAAAAGUGUAAUGAUAAUUAUAGAAUUGGAAAUUUAACUUCGUGUGUCUUUUUGCUCAGUACAGUAUCAGAUUAAAUUUAAAUAUCACUUACAUAUAUUCAAUUCAGUUUACUAAUAAGAUUUUAAAGUGGUGCUGCAAUAGCCAUAAUGGCUAAUAACGAACAUGAACAUGAAUGGCACAUUCUUGUUGAAAAUCUUUUUUUUUUUUCUACUUCACAACCAACCACGUUGACUGUCAGUUACUUACAGAUGAAACAAACACAAAGGUUAAGAUGUGUUCUUAUGCUGCCUGUUGACAGACAAACACACAACACAUUUUAAUUCCAGCAAUACUGAGAAAACAUGGCUAGUUGUCAAUAUCCCAAUGUAAACACCUUCCUGUACCCUCUCAAUUUUGUGCCUGCCAGGUGUCUUCAAAGGGUGAGUAGUUUGACUCUAGUUUUUUCAUUCAGUGUUCAGUUUCUCGCUGUACUUGUUAAUCUUAACGUGUUACCCUAUCUGGUUCAUAAAAGUUUUAUGGUGAUGACAAUUUGAGCCAGGAACAAAUUGGCAGUGCUUAUUUCAUUUGUUUUUGGGGGGGAAAAAAAGUUCUAAAAUUAGAGCAACAAGUCAACAAGUGUCACAGAAUGGAUGGCUUUUCACUUUGGAGGUUCAAUUGUGUUUAUUAAAACAUUGAUCAUGUCAAAAACCACCUGAGUAGCUUUCGCUUCAAUUGAUUUGUGGAUGACGUACAAAAUAUUAACAAGUGGGCUGAAAAAAAGUAAUUUGAUCAUCUAUAUCGGUUGCACUUGAUUGAAAUGUGGUAAACUGAUGCAAUUUUCCUCUCUUCUCCUUGGAAAAAGUACAAUGUGCAUCUGUUUAACACAUUUCAAUCAUGUGCAACCGAUGUACGUUUGAAUUAUGUUUGAAUUACUUUUUUUUCCAUGUGUGUGUAUAUUACAUGGUAACAUUAUCCACAUUAAAACCUUCAAGCUGGGAGUUCUACCAAACAUAUAUGACAGUGUUGUUGUUGUUGUUUUGAAUGCAGCACAGACUUGCCUAUACUUCCAUCCAGGUCCUGUUUGUUGUUUCUUAAAGAAGUUUAAACAUGAGGUUUAAAAUGAGAUGCCUGGCAGAUGAUCACAGGUGCACAUAAACUUCUAAAAUCAAGUUUGGAAUGUUUCACAAAUUUGGCCAUAGCACAAAACAAACAUGACAUUCUGAUCAGGCAGAUGCAUUUAAUUGAGGUAAAGUUUAAAUAGAUGACGUUCAAACCAGCUUUGAAGCAGAUGUAGAUGAGGAUUUAAUUGGACUAUUUAGACAUUUAAGUGUGUCAUUGCACUGAUCCUGGUUUGAUCUUGUAAUGUUCUUUUCAGGGAACAUUGUCUUUGAUUACAAACUAGAUAGCAGCAGCACUCCAUACAGUGCUGAGCAUUUGCAUCAGGCUGGAGAGGGAAGGGUCAGGGACAAAUAGCUUGCUUGCUGAAAUUAAAAUUAAAUAUUUAUUUCGAAUUGAAGGAUUGGGAGAAAUGGGCAGCUGAUGUAAUUUAAAACAAAUGUUAAUUAUGGGUGUAAACAUUUGUAAUUGAGUGACCCUUGCGGCCUUGUGUGUCCACUUGUCUCCAUUUUAUUUAGAUUAUUGUUUGAUUCUGAGUUUGCGUUAGCUAGUUCACAUGUUGGUGUGGAUGGUGGUUUUUGAAAUAAAUGAAAAAUUAAAAAAAAUUAAUAAAAUGAGCACCGUGUUUUUAUUUGGUUGGCUAGCACUCAUAAUGCAGCGCAUGUCAAAUCAUUUGACAGUGAAACAGUGACAUCGUGUGGCAAUAUUCAUUAAUUUCAUCUCCAUGCAGAAUCAAUACAGUACGAU